AUGUCACAGGAAGCGGACGUAAAGAAGAGUUCCAGAAAGAGCGGUGGCUGCACGGGACACACAAACGCAUAUAUUACAGCAAAUAUUACAGAACUAUCAGAAAGUUAAGUUAUUUUAGUGACGGAUUAGCACGGGACAUACAGUAUUGACGUCAUGACGACCAUCGAUUACAGUGUGUGGGAUCACAUCGAGGUGUCUGAUGAUGAAGAUGAUACACACCCAAAUAUAGACACACCGAGUUUAUUCCGCUGGAGACACCAGGCUCGGAUGGAGCGGAUGGAGGCGUUCAAUCAGAAGGGUGAGGAGCUCGCGAGAUCUCUGGCGGAGAGUAAGAAGAAGCUGGCGGAGGUUCAGCGUCGCCUGCAGGAGCUCAGCGUCGCCUCCACAGACGACAGUAAAGCGGGACUCAGUAAAGCUCAGGCGGAGGAGAAGCAGAUGAAGAAAGAGGAGAGAUCCUGGCAGAGGAAGCUGGAUGAGCAUCGUCAGGAGGAGAAGAAGAUGCCCUGGAACGUUGACACGCUCAGUAAAGAAGGGUUCAGUAAGAGCGUCGUCAACGUAAAACCUGAGGUGAAGGAGGAGACGGAAGAGGAGAAAGAGCAGAAACACAAAAGCUUUGUGGAGAAAAAUGAGAAACAUAUCAAACACUUUGGUAUGCUGCGGCGCUGGGAUGACUCGCAGAAAUAUCUGUCUGAUAAUCCACACCUGGUGUGUGAAGAAACUGCCAAUUACCUGGUGAUCAUGUGUAUCGACCUCGAGGUGGAGGAGAAACACGCUCUCAUGGAGCAGGUGGCUCAUCAGACCAUCGUCAUGCAGUUUAUUCUGGAGCUCGCCAAGAGUCUGAAGGUGGAUCCACGAGGCUGCUUUCGCCAGUUCUUCACCAAAAUCAAGACAGCAGAUCAGCAAUAUCAGGAUGCCUUUAAUGACGAGCUGGAGUCGUUUAAGGGACGCGUGCGUGGCCGGGCCAAGAUUCGCAUUGAGAAAGCCAUGAAAGAAUAUGAGGAGGAGGAACGUCAGAAGCGUCUCGGUCCCGGCGGUCUGGAUCCUGUAGAGGUGUACGAGUCUCUGCCUUCGGAGAUGCAGAAAUGCUUUGAUGACAAAGACAUUCAGAUGCUGCAGGACGCCAUCAGCAAAAUGGACCCAACGGAGGCGAAACAUCACAUGAAGCGCUGCAUUGAAUCGGGAUUGUGGGUACCUAACUCCAGAGCAGACGAGGAAGCCGAUAAAGAUCCAGAGGAUGGUGAUGAACCGUAAUAUGAAGAUCAGUGACUGUCAGUCAAACAUCAUCCCUGUGACCCCGCCCACUGCUUGUGUCCCUCGUGUCCCUCCUCCCAUCUGUCUCCGUCACAUUAUUAUAAAUAAAAGUCCAACGUAAGAAUGCUACAAGAUUAUUUGACUGCUUUGCUGCCGUUUUGCAGACAGUAAUUCCUUUGACCCACAUCUCUUCCUCUAUUUCAUGAUUUCAAGGAUUGAUGUACAGUCGGAUGAUUGUUAUUGUAGAAUAAAACCUGACAGGGUGAUAAGGGCGGUGUUUUGACCAAAAUGACUGGACAGCAUCCCAAUGAUGACAUGUCUACUUGUCACGUCUCACAUCUCCUAACUGCUUAUGUGGCGUUUUAUAAGUGUUUUUAUUUCAUGGACGUUGGUCUUGCAGUGAGAACGCAUCAGAUCACAGCCGUGUUUGUUUGUUUAGCAGUAGGGUCGUCCCACAAAGCUAUUCGAUUAGACGCAAUAUGUUGUUCAGAUUGAAUCAUGACUUCAGGAGAACACAUUGUGUAUGGUUUUAUAUUGACUGUUGGCAUUACCAGGAGUUGAAAAGGCGUUGUUGUUGUUUUUGUUUCAGACGAUCUUUUAUUAGUUCUGUAUGUACAGUUUGUGUUGCAGAAUAAAAACAUGAGGCUGAUGGGA